GUUAAAUUCCGUUGGGUUAAGUUGCUGUUCUACGCUUGCGCUGUUUGCGUACUGCAUCUUCUCAUCUCCAGGGUGGGUUGGUUUUAUCAUAAGGGUCCAGGUUGGGUGUUGCAUCUGUUGCAGUCAUGGCGAAACGCAGGAUAACUCAGGAGACCUUUGAUGCUGUGGUCAGAGAAAACAUUGAGGAGUUUGACAUGGACGGCAGCGAAGCUUUGAAAGAGGCCAUCGAGCAGUUUGAAUCUCAGGGUGUGGAUCUCACCUUCAUUGUUAAAGCAGUGCCGAAAGUUUGUUCUGAAGAAAACGCAGAGAAUCAAACUCACGAGGUUCUCCAGGCUUUAGAGUCGCUCAAAACUGCAUUGGCGUCGCCGUCCGCAUCUGUCCGGGAGGAUCUGAGAGUCUUCACCGAACAGUGUUCGCUCAGCUUCGCACAACGAUACCUGGCCGCUCAAAAGGAGGCAUAUCCCACAAUCCUCGCUUGCUGCCGGAGAGCCGGUGAAGAGAAAGAAGAGCUUUCUGUUGCUCUAUCCGCUCUCUCAGUGCUAACAGACGGCCAGCCGGAUCUCCUGGACGUGGAAGGCCGAGAGUUUCUGAUCGGCGCUUUAACUGCGCACCAGACGGACGCCUCUCUCACCCUCCUGUGUGUCCGCAUCGUUCGCCACUUCAGCCUGAAACACGAGAACAACAGGCAGGUUUUGGUGAAGGCGGGCGUGCUGCCGCUGCUCACCCGGAGCAUCACACGCCACACGGCACAUCCCGAGGUCGUGAGGGAGGCCUGUGCCGCGCUCAGGGUCAUGACCUUUGACGAUGACGUGCGUGUCCCCUUUGGACAGGCUCAUGAACACGCCAGGAUGAUCGUGGUUGAGCAGAACGGACUGAAAGUCAUUGUUGAAGCUGCUAAAGCUCACUCAGAAAACACCUCAGUUCUCAGUGAACUCUGCGCCGCUCUGUCCCGUCUGGCCGUGAGAAACGAGUUCUGUCAGGACAUCGUGGACCUCGGAGGCCUGAACUUCAUGAUCACACUCCUGGCGGACGGCCUAGAUAGUCAGGAGCUCGUGAAGCAGGUGCUCAGUGCAUUGAAGGCCAUCGCUGGAAAUGAUGAUGUUAAAGACGCUGUCGUGAAUGCAGGCGGGGGGGAACUCAUCAUUAUGGCGAUGAACCGUCACAUGGGCAAGGCACAGGUGUGUGAGCAGGGAUGUGCGGCGCUGUGUGUUCUCGCCCUCCGCAAACCCAACAACUGUAAAGUCAUCAUGGAGUGUGGCGGCGCGCUGGCGGCCCUGCAGGCCAUGAAGAAUCACCCAGCUAACGUUAAUGUGCAGAAACAGUCCUGCAUGCUGUUGAGGAACCUGGUGGCCCACUCGCGUGACUACAGUCAGCCCAUUCUGGAGAUGGGAGCGGAGGCGCUGAUCUCGCAGGCUCUGGCGGCUCACAGGGACUGCGGUGACGUGGGUCGAGCCGCUCUCAGAGACCUCGGCUGCCAGGUGGAGCUGCGGGAGCUCUGGACAGGGCAGAAGGGAAGCCUCAGUCACUGAACCAACGUGUUUUCAAACGUCUGCUACACUCAAACAAUCACGAUUAAGUCCUGUGGAAACAUGUCCUAACUGUGGAGGUCAUGUGAUCAAACAUCCUUCCGGUAGAAUUGAAGACCACGUGCAUAGGAUGCAUUUCAAAUUACAAUAGUUUUU